AAUAACUGCCUCAGCUAUAUGUAGCCUCAGUUAAUCCUUAAAGACAACGCUGCUGCUUGCCAGUGAAAGUCCUGCGCUGAGACACAGAGGAGUUUCUCCUCCUGAGAGCAACAUGCAGAUUAACCUCAACAGCCAACAACACCGGACGCCUCCACUGUUGCAGUGAUGCCUCCUCACAUCCUCUGUGACGUUCUGCUGUGAGUGAACGAGGACUUACCACCACCAUGAGCGCCGACACCGUCUGCAGAGCUGAGCUGGACUCGGAGCACAAUGGGGAGCUGGAAGACUUGGUGGCAGCCAUGAACGUGGCCGCCAACCGUAUAACCCCGCCUAACGGCUACAGGUCCGGAGCUCCGAGGACCAACAGACUCUCAGACAGGAAGCUGUCACUGCAGGAGAGAGGCCGCAUCACCCGGCAGCCCACCAUCGAGACCAAACGGGUGUCCAUCACAGAUGCUGAUGACUGUGUUCAGCUCAACCAGUACAAGUUGAAAAAAGAGAUUGGAAAGGGUUCAUAUGGAGUGGUGAAAUUAGCUUAUAAUGAAGAUUCUGAGCAGUAUUACGCGAUGAAAGUUGUUUCAAAGAAGAGGCUGAUGAAGCAGUGUGGAUUUCUGCGCCGAAUGGUUCCUCAAGGGCCAAACUCUCUGUUCCCUCUGGAGAAAGUGUACAGGGAGAUCGCCAUCCUGAAGAAACUCCACCACCCCAAUGUUGUCAAACUAGUGGAGGUGCUUGAUGAUCCAGAUGAAGAUGGACUUCAUAUGGCCUUCGAAUUGAUGACAAAAGGCCCGGUGAUGGAGGUGCCUACAGACGAGCCUUUCACAGAGGAGCAGGCUCGCUUUCACUUCAGAGACGUCGUCCUGGGAAUAGAGUAUUUGCACUACCACAAGAUCAUCCACAGGGACAUCAAGCCCUCCAACCUGCUGCUGGGAGACGACGGACACGUCAAGCUUGCGGACUUCGGUGUGAGCAACGAGUUUGAGGGGACAGACGCCCUCCUGUCGAGCACGGCGGGGACGCCGGCCUUCAUGGCCCCCGAGAUGAUGACGGAACAAGAGCAGAGCUUCAGUGGGAAGGCAUUAGACGUGUGGGCGAUGGGAGUCACACUCUACUGUUUUGUCUUUGGGAAGUGCCCUUUUUAUGAUGAAUACAUCGUCUCUCUGCACAACAAGAUCAAAAACAAACCUGUGGAGUUCCCAGAGACACCAUUGAUAAGUAAUGAAUUGCAGGGGCUCAUUAAAAGGAUGCUGGAUAAAAACCCUGAAACAAGAAUCACCAUCCCUGAAAUAAAGCUCCAUGCGUGGGUGACAGAAAACGGCUCCAAUCCUCUUCCUCUGGAGGAGGAGCACUGCACGGCUUUGGAGGUCACUGAGGAGGAGGUGCAGAACAGCGUCAAGCUCAUCCCCAGCCUCUCCGCUGUGAUUCUGGUGAAGUCCAUGCUGAGGAAGCGGUCUUUCAGUAAUCCCUUUGAGUGUCAGGGCAGACGGGCAGAGAGGUCCAUGUCUGCCCCUGGAGGUCUUCUUACUGGCGCUUGGGGCUUAUUGAGGUCUUCGCCUCAGCUUCAUCCUUCCUUGAGGAAAGUCAGCAACGAGGGGAGCAGAGAUGGAGAGUUGGAGGACUUGUAUGAAGACGAUGCAUUUACAGAGAGUGCAGAUUAAAAAAGAAGAGAGUAGGAAACUUGUUUUGUACCUUUUUUUUCUGUCUGAAUUCUCUCCCUUCUUUUUGGUUUUGCUUCCCCCUCACUGUGCUUCUAUGCAAAAAAUCAGUUCAUCACUUUAGUGCACCAAACUGAUAAAUAAUGUGACAUAUUGAACAUUAUACAGAUGGAUAGUGUGUUAAAUACAUAAAAUGAGAGUAGAUUUUAUUCUGUCCACUCUGCUUGUUUAAGGAUGGCAUGGUUGAUGUUGUUCAUGAAUGGGAUGUGAUGCUUUUACUUUGGAUUGUUGUUUAAAAUGUAAAUAUGCUCCAAAAAGAAGAUAUUUUUA